CUUAAAUACCUCGAACCCUCGAAAGCCACUGCCGCCGCCAGCUAUGGAGAUCCCAAACACUCGCCGAGAUCUCGAUCUCCCCCAAGAACUCACCGAAGAAAUACUGUCAAGACUUGCGGUGAAAUCUCUCCUGAGAUUCAGGCUCAUUAAUAUGGAGUCCGUCCGUAUAGUGGGGUGCUGUAAUGGGCUGGUCUGCUGCUGCAUUGAUCUCAGGAGAGGGCGUUUCUUAUUAUGGAAUCCUGCCACCAGAAUCUCCAUGGAAUUACCACAAUUGGUAUUAGAGAAUAGAGACUGGCCCUCGUCCAUAUCCGGAUUCGGUUGGGAUGAAUCGAGCGGUGCAUACAAGGUGUUUGUGGUUUUGCGUAGCAGUAGAAAGUUUAUGGGUAGAGUUUAUAGUUCAAACACAAAUUCAUGGAAAACAGUCGAGUUUUUUGAUAUCGGUUUGAUACAUAGUAAGGCGCAUUUUGUGAGUGGAAAGCUUCAUUGGCUUCACAUUAAGAAUACAGAUGAGACGGAUAAUUAUGAAAUUGCUACAUUUGAUUUGAAGAAGGAGGAGCUUGGAGUGAUGAAGCUUCCACGUGGCGCAGAAUCAGUGCGCUUGGGCGUGAACGAGGGUCACCUUACCAUGAUAUUAGAAAAGAAGAGAACAGACUUUGAUGUGUGGGUAAUGAAGCAGGAUUGUUGGGUGAAAGUGAGGGAUGGUGUUGUUUAUGAGCCUUGUGAAGUUCUUCCAUCCGUAGCCCCAUUUUACGCAGUCGACGAGGCGGAGAUUCGGCAAGUUCAUGGGUCGGAUUUUAAGCUCUACGAUCAAGCACGAGAUGAUGUGCAUUUGCAGAUGAAGAAAAUUAGAGAUUCCUUGCAAACGCAUCUCUACAUCGAAAGUUUAGUCUCUCCGGUCCCCGACAAGAAUCUGUGCCGAGCGAUUUGAUUGCAGGUUACUCUCUUCAUAAAAAGAUAAAUAAAAUUCUAUCAGAAUAGUUUGAAGUAGUAGGCUUUGUAGGAAGAAAAUAUUCGAAAGAAUCUUUAGUCUUUAAUUUCUUAUAUAUUUCAUUGGGCAGUUUACUUUGGCAGCUGAUACUUUUUUAGAUUGAUGAAGAAAAAGAAUUCUUAUGAGUGUAUUUCUUUUUAGUUCAUAUUAACCUCAUUUAUCCCAAGAAAAAAAUUAUGUCACGAU